AUGGCUAACAAGUCUCCUCGAGCUGUUAGCAACUCUAGGAGACAGAGAAGGAGAGACAACGGCAGACAGAAACUUUCCAAUAUUAUCAAGAUAAGCAUGAUCCAAGAGUCCAAGUGGUAUUUUGUAUUGGUCAUAACCUCCCUCUCUUAUUCUUCAACAGGUCAGCUGAAGUUGUCGGUCAUUCCAGAGCAAGAACUACUUGCUGUUAGCGUUUUGGAGGCCAGAGGUAUGCUGGGAGAGUGCCAGGGGCCAUGUGACUCUUAUGUUAAGGUUGGCAUGUCCCCAGACAGUGAUCCUAGAGACAGACAGAAGACUCAGAUGGUUCAUCACUGUAGGAACCCCAUCUUCUUGAAAACCUUUUACUUUGUUGUUGGUGACGAGGACCUUCAUAAGAGACUUCUCUUCACAAUGUGGAAUUCAGAGUCCACAACAAGGUAUAUCGUGCUGCUGGGUUGCAUGAGCUUUGGUGUGCGCUCGCUUAUGGACCCAGCCAAGGAAGUUCAAGGAUGGUACUACCUACUUGGGGAAAAGCUGGGGAGGAAGAAGCAUCUUAAAGUGCCAACAUCUCACAACUUCCACACCAUUGACGCUGUGCUGUCAAACCAUGGUGCUGCCCCCGAGACCAAUCGCCCUGAGAAUAUGCAAUGCUUAACAGUAACCAUCCUCCGAGGAAAGGAUGGAUAUGGCUUCACCAUCUGCUCGGAUUCUCCUGUGAGGGUUCAGGCAGUUGACCCAGGGGGUCCAGCAGAUCAGGCAGGUCUGCAGCAGUUGGAUACUCUCCUGCAGCUCAACGGUCAGCCAGUGGAACAGUGGAAAUGUGUGGACUUAGCUCAUGCUAUCAGAAACAGCGCCAAUGAGAUCACAGUGGUGGUGUGGCGCACUGGCCCCUCAGCAAAGCCUAGUUUUGAGGGCCUCAUUCACCGACCCUCCUACAAGCCCUCCACCUCAAACUACGAUGCCCCCUCGCCCCCUACCCGCAGGCGUGUUCCAGAUGUCGGCACAAGCAAAACCCCCCCAGCUGUGCCACCUCUCCCAGCCCACCACCGUGCCGCUGCCAGCCGUAGGCUACUGGUCAACGGCUCUGAAGCUGGAAGUAGUAGCAGUGUAGGUGUAGGGACCCUCGGGUGGGGGGCUCAGGGGGGAUCGGCCGAGGAGCUGGACGGGAAACCACGACACCUCCAUCACCCCCACACUGCUACACUGAAGGGAACCAGGGUGAAGGCAUCCAACGGGGACAACUACAUCAUCCUGGCCCCCAUCAACCCUGGAAGCCAGAUCUUGAGGCCUGUUUACCAAGACAACCAGGGAACAUUAGCUGCCAGGUUAUAUCCCACACGGCAGGCCUCUGGUCCACAGAGCCAGGGUGGAGGUAGUGGGGGUGCUUUUUCUGGAGGGACGAGUAGUGGUGGUGGAGGCGGAGGUGGCGGGGGUCUUUCCAGUCGCACUGGCUUCCUACGACGGUCCAACAACUCCAAGACAACAAAGACAGCGUCCACCUCAACUAAUGCCGGUGGCCCCAACUACCAGCAGCAGAAUGCAAACUUUGCCAAUUACCAGAACUGUACCAUUGUACGCUCACACACUCCACAUGCCAACUAUGGAUAUGUUAAAGUGGCACCCAAGAUCCUUAUCUUCCCCAUCUUUGUUCAGCCUCUGGACCUGUGCAGCCGAGCUCUCAUCAUAUCUGAGGAGAUGAUUCUACAUGAGAGCAAGCACCACUCUCUGAAGGUGACAGUGUUCGUCUACAGCGACCUGAUGCUGGUGACUCGAGAAGAUGAACCAGGCAGGUGUAACGUCCUUCAGAGUCCCCUGUUCCUCCGACACCUGCGGCUCCAGGACGAUUAUUCCGAAGAACUGCGAUUCUACCUUAUUCACAUGACAGAGACGUGUGACUGCCUGCUCAGCCUGGAAGCCUAUUCAGCUGACCAGAAGCGCCGUGUGUGUCAGUGCCUGAAGGACAACAUUGACAAGCAACUCCAGGUUCAUAGGAGGGACCCCCCCCGCUCAGCAUUUUGA